CGAUAAGGGAGGGCGCUCAGUGUUUAGCGAUAAGGGAGGGCGCUCAGUGUUUAGCGAUAAGGGAGGGCGCUCAGUGUUUAGCGAUAAGGGAGGGCGCUCAGUGUUUAGCGAUAAGGGAGGGCGCUCAGUGUUUAGCGAUAAGGGAGGGCGCUCAGUGUUUAGCGAUAAGGGAGGGCGCUCAGUGUUUAGCGAUAAGGGAGGGCGCUCAGUGUUUAGCGAUAAGGGAGGGCGCUCAGUGUUUAGCGAUAAGGGAGGGCGCUCAGUGUUUAGCGAUAAGGGAGGGCGCUCAGUGUUUAGCGAUAAGGGAGGGCGCUCAGUGUUUAGCGAUAAGGGAGGGCGCUCAGUGUUUAGCGAUAAGGGAGGGCGCUCAGUGUUUAGCGAUAAGGGAGGGCGCUCAGUGUUUAGCGAUAAGGGAGGGCGCUCAGUGUUUAGCGAUAAGGGAGGGCGCUCAGUGUUUAGCGAUAAGGGAGGGCGCUCAGUGUUUAGCGAUAAGGGAGGGCGCUCAGUGUUUAGCGAUAAGGGAGGGCGCUCAGUGUUUAGCGAUAAGGGAGGGCGCUCAGUGUUUAGCGAUAAGGGAGGGCGCUCAGUGUUUAGCGAUAAGGGAGGGCGCUCAGUGUUUAGCGAUAAGGGAGGGCGCUCAGUGUUUAGCGAUAAGGGAGGGCGCUCAGUGUUUAGCGAUAAGGGAGGGCGCUCAGUGUUUAGCGAUAAGGGAGGGCGCUCAGUGUUUAGCGAUAAGGGAGGGCGCUCAGUGUUUAGUGAUAAGGGAGGGCGCUCAGUGUUUAGUGCUAAGGGAGGGCGCUUAGUGUUAGUGUAG